GUCCAUUCCACUUCCAUGGUUAUUAAUUUCAGAACACAUCUGAAUUCCUUCUCUGGGGAACAGACAGCUCCUGGCCGGGUCAGAUUUCAAAUUCUCAUCUGUUUCUACCAAUGCCACUACCAGAUUCUCCUUUGUAGUCAACCUCUGAGGUCUUCCUUGAGUACAGCUUGGUGUCUGAAGAUCCAGUCAAGUGUCCGUGGUCAUCAGUCUCUUCACAAAAUCACAGUCUCCUCUCUUGGCAAAACAUCUACUGCCCUGAGCUUUGCUUUUGGAAACAACUUCUACCCGGGACCAUACUUCCCAGCAUGGAGGCCAAGAGCUUCGCAGUUUGGGAUUAUGUUGUAUUUGCAGCCCUCUUUGUCAUUUCCUCUGGAAUUGGGGUGUUCUUUGCUAUUAAGGAGAGGAAAAAGGCAACUUCAAGGGAAUUCCUUGUUGGGGGAAGGCAAAUGAGCUUUGGUCCUGUAGCGUUGUCCCUGACAGCCAGCUUCAUGUCAGCUGUCACUGUCCUGGGGGCUCCCUCUGAGGUGUACCGCUUUGGGGCAUCUUUUGUGCUCUUCUUCAUUUCAUAUGCAUUUGUCAUCAUCCUCACAUCAGAGCUCUUUCUCCCCGUGUUCUACAGAUCUGGCAUCACCAGCACUUACGAGUACUUACAACUACGAUUCAAUAAACCAGUACGCUUUGCGGCCACUGUCAUCUACAUUGUGCAGACGAUUCUCUACACAGGAGUGGUGGUGUAUGCACCUGCAUUGGCGCUCAAUCAAGUGACUGGGUUUGAUCUCUGGGGCUCUGUGUUUGCAACAGGAAUUGUUUGCACAUUCUACUGUACCCUGGGAGGAUUAAAAGCAGUGGUGUGGACAGAUGCAUUUCAGAUGGUUGUCAUGAUUGUGGGCUUCUUAACAGUUCUCAUUCAAGGAUCAGCUCAUGCUGGUGGAUUGCACAAUGUCAUAGAGCACUCGACAAAUGGAUCUCGACUAAAUAUAUUCGACUUUGAUGUAGAUCCUCUCAGGAGGCACACGUUUUGGACAAUCUCAGUGGGGGGAACUUUCACCUGGCUCGGGAUCUAUGGAGUUAAUCAGUCCACCAUACAGCGCUGCAUCUCUUGCAAAACAGAAAAACAUGCAAAACUAGCCUUGUAUUUUAACUUGUUGGGUCUCUGGAUCAUUCUGGUGUGCGCUGUCUUCUCUGGCUUAAUCAUGUACUCCCACUUCAGAGAUUGUGACCCUUGGACUUCUGGCAUUAUUUCAGCACCAGAUCAGCUGAUGCCAUACUUUGUCAUGGAGAUAUUUUCCAUGAUGCCAGGACUGCCUGGACUCUUCGUGGCUUGUGCCUUCAGUGGAACUCUGAGCACCGUGGCUGCCAGCAUCAAUGCCUUAGCAACAGUGACCUUUGAGGAUUUUGUCAAGAGCUGUUUCCCCCAUCUCUCCGACAAGAUGAGCACCUGGAUCAGUAAAGGCUUAUGUCUCUUGUUUGGUGUGAUGUGUACCUCCAUGGCUGUUGCUGCAUCCCUCAUGGGGGGGGUCGUGCAGGCUGCUCUCAGCAUCCACGGCAUGUGCGGGGGACCAAUGCUGGGCUUGUUCUCUCUGGGAAUCGUGUUCCCUUUUGUGAACUGGAAGGGUGCAUUAGGUGGCCUUCUGACUGGAAUCACCUUGUCAUUUUGGGUGGCCAUUGGGGCCUUCGUCUACCCUGCACCAGACUCCAAGACAUGGCCCCUGCCUUUAUCCACAGAGCAUUGUGUCCCAUCUAAUGUGACAACGUCAGUGCCUACAGUGUUACCUAGCAGACCUGCCAUCGCCGACACCUGGUAUUCGCUCUCCUACCUUUACUACAGUGCAGUGGGCUGCCUCGGAUGCAUUGCUGCUGGAAUAAUCAUUAGCUUCAUAACAGGUCACCAGAGUGGAAAGGAUAUUCAACCGCUGCUAAUUAGACCAGUUUGCAAUUUAGUUUGCUUUUGGUCUGAGAAAUACAAACAACUGUGCUGGUGUGGUGUCCAGCACCACGGUGGAACGGAGCAGGAAAACCUUGAGAAUGGGAGUUCCUGGAAACAAGGGGCUGAAUCUGUCUUACAGAAUGGACUCAAGCAAGAAAACCUGGUCCAUAUUUCAGGCCAUGAUCUGAAGGACAACAGCUACAACAAUUUGGCGUUUGAGAAGACUACCCAUUUCUAACACAUGCAUGAGAGUACAAUACACACACACACACACACACACACACAAGCAAAAGCACACACACAAAUACACACAGUACGUAUCCUGCUGGCCUACUGGCUAGUAGAUUGUGUAGUUGUCACUGCUCAAAGACAGGGAUGUCUAAUGUCUAUUUAUACUUAUUUAUAACUACAAAUAACAUGACUGUUUCCCUGGAUAUUCCCAGGAUACUCUUUGGAAGACCCCAACUUUCAGGUGAGAAGAAACAGCCUAGUCUUAAGUGCCUUGGCAACUUCUUCCUGGAUUAAAUUAGGACUGGAUAUGUCAUAUUAAGCUUCAGGGUGUUUUGUUUUGAUUUGAUUUGGUAGUUCUUGAGCCAUCAUGUAUCUUGGAAUUCACAGGCAGAAUGUAGAAGGGGUUAUGCAUAUUAAAUGCUUCUCCAUCACUGCUGGUAAAAUGAAGGCAUGCCAUCCGCCCCGACCCCCAUACCUCACAUAGGUGGAGACACAUUUUACAACACCUCACACUGCAGUUGCAGUUGGAACACUUAAUUGCCUUUAAACCCCUCAUCUCAUGCCAGGCCCCCAUACCUGAAGUCCUCCUCUUCCGUCAUCCCUGCUCCUACAGCUGUCCUGACCAAGCCUUAGAAAUAAUUUUGCUUAGCACAGGAGAGGGUCUGGUAUAUCUAGUUAGUGCAACAGUCAUCACUAAAUACGCUCACCCUUUGGGCUCUUGGCAUAGUAGGUCUUUCUAUCACCUUACAAAGAAAAAUUGAUUCUGCUCAACAGAAGUCUAGAGUCUCUCUCCAGGGCCAGGUGAACAGGAACAAGGAAUGUCCUAGAGGAGGCUAUUAGGCUAGGAUCGAGGAAAAGAACUUUGCAAAUAGCUUACCAACCCACAGAUUUCACUCGUCAUGGGGUCUUCUUUGGUGCAAAAUACCUUGUCCACAGGAUUUAUACUUUUCACUUUUUGAGGACUUUAUUUCUUUGCUUCUUCUAAAAACCUUUCACUGCCGCUCCAUUUUUUUAAAAUAACAACUCCUGUUCUGUAUUUUCUUUUACUCCAGAACUUAAAAAAUGAUCUUUGAGAACUCAGCUCUGUUGUGCAAGCUCAAAGUGUUCCAUCAGGCUAAGGUGACAUCAGGAAAGAUUUAUAUGGUUGUUUAUAAUUAUAAAUCUAUAAUUUAUAGAAAGUAAAAAAGAACCAGUUCCACAGAGGCUAGAUCAGAGGGAAGAUUAUAAGAAAUACAGCAGUGUCUCAGUGUCAGGUACGUUAGAGCAGUGCCAGGAAUUUCUUUUGGUGACCAGGUAAGAUUAAAAGGCCUAGAAAUAAUAUGUUAGCAAAAUAAAAUGAAAUGAUCCAAAUGGGGAAGAAUGAGAAGCCCCAAAGGUUCUGUUGUUUAGAUGUAAUCCAGGAGGAGCAAACCUUAAAAGAAGCAAUGAGAUAGAGAAAAACAUUAUGUAACCAGUGUUUGUUAUUAGGGAGGGAAGAUAGAAAGAUGGGGGAAAACCAAUGAAGAAAUUAAAAAAAAAAAAACUGGGAUUCACAAGCCACAACCAAAUGCUUGCCUUCUCUCUCUCCAUUCUCAGUGGGAGAGGUGAAUAGAGUUAGAAAAAGAGAGAACUGGGUUGUGGUUUACAAGGGAGAUGAGAAAAACACAUUUUGAAAAGGGAGGAAAGAAGUAAAGUAAGAAUACACUUGGAAAAAUAUCUGAAAAUGAGAAGGAAAAAAAUCAUGAAAAUGAGAAAUGUCUGAAAACAUUUCUUGAGGUCCACCAAGUUAACAAAGAUGUUGAUCUAAGGAUCUGCAAAUUGGAAGGCGUGAUUAUUUUCCAAAUGAUUUAGUAGUUAGGACAUUUCUAUGACUUAGAGCUCGAGAAUAUAUUAGGUGAAUGUCGACAUCCGGGCCAAACCUCAUUGGUUUAGUUCAUAUCUUAUGACUGGGAAGGGAAGCAACAAUUCUGAGGAUGAAACCUGAUAAACAGUAGCAAUUAUAUAUGUGGUUUCCUGCCUGCCCCCUGCCUCCCAGAGGAUGCUUUGACAAAUUACCCAUUAUUCAUUCACUUUAAGGAGAAGAUAAAUCAGUUACUACCCCUGCAUCUUGCCUUCUCAGCACACCCUGUAGAGAUUUUAAUGCUGGAGAAAGAACUUGGUGUUCUUUCCACGGCAAGAGCAUGGAUGGCAGUGCCUAAAGGGUGUCUGAACUGAGCAGUGGCCACUCAGGCAUCUGAGAACACCUCACAGUCUGAUUUUGAGCUGAGACUCUGCCCCCAGCAGGUCCACAGCGGCCUGCACGCAGACUUGGUCUCCGAUGCUGAGAACCAGCACAGAGCUACCCCUCCAGACACACCAGACACAAGGGGCCCAGGGUGAGAGGCACACUGCUGGGGUAUAGAUGGAUGGGAUACAUUUCAAGGUUUUGAACUUACUCUUGGAAUUGCAUGAAAUCAAAAUGUACCAUAAUGUUCUUCAUUUUAUUCACAAAUAAUCCCAUCAACAUUUCACUAGGACAGCACUUUGCCCAGAGAGUUUUUUAGGACCCCCUUUUCUCUUUUUUAGUUGCUAAUUCUCUUACCUGAACUAUUAUCAAAGCAUCAGUGAACUUACAAAUGGAAAAUACCAUUAUUAUUGUCAUUAUUAUUAUUAUAAAAAUAAUAAUAAUUUUAUAUUAUUAUUCACGUAGUGGAACCUGUGGCCUUAUGAGUUAAUAUUUUGAGGUGCGUAUAGAGGUCAAUAUAGGGAUCCCUCCUCAUUCUUCCUAACUGAACAAAUGUAUAAAAAUCUAAGGCUUCAGGUAGAGUGUCGAGUCCCAGAGGAAAACUAUCUUCCACAGUGUCUAAGAACCACGUUUGUUGUGUGGCUGAACAGAAAGGAAAUGUGGAGUGCAGUCCUAGGCUCGUCUUCUUGGUCAUGACACCUCUCUCCUGCCCUCACUAUUCCCUAGGAGCCUUAGUUCAGACUUGAGUCAAGGUUGACCAUGCAAUAUAAGAUCUCUCCAGUGUCACGUCCAAUCCAAGCCAAGGAGAUGACUUAAACCUGUGGUUUAAUCUGUCUGGAGACAGAUUGGAGGAAGACAACCUAGAUUCAGAUGGAAGUUCUGAUACAAAUUAUCUCAGGAAUUCUUGGGCAAGUCUUUCUAAAAUUUUAUUACACAUUAAAAGGAGCAGAAGUUGUCCCUACUUAGUAGGGUUGUUGCGAGGAAUUAUAGAGGGAAAUCAUAUCAGCUAGUUAGCGUGGUGACUGGCUCCAUGAAACGUUCAAUACUUGUUAGUCUUCAAUAUAUGAAGAAAGUGAUACUCAUUACAGUAUUCAUUUUCAGUUAAGUUGGUUCACUGUUUCUCUUUAAUUUCCAAGAUACUGGCUUAGCAUAUGAAUUACUGAAGCACUUUAAGAACUAACAAGAACAAGAGAACCAUAAACUAUAAACUAAAAGUCAUACCAUUAAUUUCCAAACAGUAGCCUUUUAAUGGUGAAUUCAAAUGAAAUAUGACUUUUCAGGGAGCAAAUUUUCUAGUCUGAAAUUCUUGAAAAAAAGAAAAAAACCCCACUGAGAUUUAUUACUGGAAAAAUGCAAUUUUCAUUUUUAUGAUUGUUAAGUAUUGUGUUUGUAUAUGUAAACGGGAUCUUAAGCCUUGUGUACGACUCAGUGCACACUUACCAGAGAUUGUGAUUCUCCAAACAGAAGGGGUGAGGCCUUUUCCCUUGUCUAAUUCAAAUAAUAUUUCUUGAAUAUAAAUCUCAUUCUUUUGUGAUUUUACAGGGUUCUAGCAUUUCACUUUAAAGAGGAAAAAAAAGAAAAAAAGGAAAGAAACCACACACCAGGGGGCUUGCAAACAAUGUUUCAAAGAGAAUAUUAUUGAAAUAUCUUUAUGAUAUUAUAAUCUUACUUAAACAUUAUUACAAAGAUCAGAUCAGUAAAUAGAAAUAAAAAACAGAACAGUUUCCUUUUACUUGUUCUCUUAGAAACAAAUUGUUUUAAAACAGUACAAAAAUUUAAGCUUUCUAUGUAUACAUUUGUAUAUUUAGAAAUCUCAUGUGCACAAUCUCAGUAUUCCAAGGUAACUGGGUUUACUGCAAAGUUAACUAUUUUAUCUAACUUUAAUAACCUUGAAGUAUAAUCUGUUUCCAAACAACUGAAAUUUAAUUGAUGUUACCAAUGAUAUUAAAAUGAUACAAAAUUUUAA